GUCACACUACAAGGCGCGCGGCCCUGCUCUCUGAGUAUGCGCGCUCUCUGACAAACGUUGCGCAGGUUGUAAUGCAAAGAAGGCAGAGAGGAGGUGGGGCAGGAGCUAUACAGUAACGAGGAGCAGAAGCAAACACGGUGGGCGCAGGAUAUUGCAUAGAAGGUUCAGGGUCAACGUUGGAUGUUGAAACUGGGCAAAUAAGAGAAGCUCUCACUUAGCCUGGAAGUGGCACAGCAUCAUUGGCAGCUGUGCUUUGCAGAGGGGGUGUGUCACUCAGCAUCUCUUGCUGCAACACCAAGGAAUCCUGCAUCUGCAUUGAGAGGAGGUGAGCACUCAACAGUGGCGACAGCCUGGCACAAGGAGACCACACCAGGCACUGGCAUGGAGCUGUCUGCUAUAGGAGAGCAAGUGUUUGCUGUGGAGAGUAUUCGUAAAAAGAGGAUCAGGAAGGGCAAAGUGGAGUAUCUUGUGAAGUGGAAAGGCUGGCCUCCAAAAUACAGUACAUGGGAACCAGAGGAGCAUAUUCUGGACCCCCGUCUCGUGCUGGCAUAUGAGGAGAAGGAAGAAAAGGAGCGAGCAUCUGGGUGCAGAAAAAGAGGCCCUAAGCCGAAACGCCUCCUUCUACAGAGGCUCUAUGGCAUGGAUCUGCGCAGUGCACACAAGUCUAAAGAGAGGAGCCUCUGUUUCUCGCUCUCCCGGAGGUUUAGUGGUGGUCUGGGAAGCAAACCAGCACCUACUUCUGUACCAGAGAAAGCCAAGUCUUUGCAGUUCCCGCUCAGCAAACCGCGCAAAAGCCGUAAGUUCCUGUGCCUCUCCCGCAAGAAGUUCCUGCGAGUGUCAACUUACGAGCCGUUGAGCAGGAGGCCUGAGUUCUUCACUAAGGAGGUAGAAAAAGAGGAAACACAACCUCUUCAUAAUUGGCCUGAGGAAAAACCAGCAGAGGAAGCUGUGCGUGAAGAUGACACAAAACCACCACCUGCACCACUUUGGCUUCCUGUCCUGCCCCGACCCAGUGAGGUCACUGUUACCGACAUCACCUCAAACUCCAUCACGGUGACAUUCCGCGAGGCACAGUCCGCAGAAGGAUUUUUCAGAGACCGAGGUGGUGAUUGCUAACUGCACCUCCUCCUUGGCUGUAUCUUUCUAUUUUAUUCCUCUUCCUUCUCCCUCUCACUUGAACUGAUAACUGAAGUGGUAAUGUCUACAAAGACACGGAGAACUUUAAAAGAGAGGUUAUUUCAUGUCAGUUUUUUCCAUGUUCUGUGCGGCCUGUAUGUAAGAUUAUAGAGCCGCAAUAUUUUGUUAAGAAAGGUGAGAACAUCCUCUGUAUAUUUAUGCUGGCUCCACAAAAUAUUGUGUUUUUAAUAGUUUCACAUCCACAUUUCAUAUGAAUAAGUAUGAGGUGGUCCAGUCCACUUCAUUUACAAGUUUGUAUCCUGCAACCUCCACAAAAUGUGGUUGUUUAAGAUAAAUCUUAGAUGUAUAACAUUAAUACACAUCAUAUGAUUUUUGUAUCUUUCAAAUGUAAAGAAAGACAAGACUGUCUAAA